AUGGCACCAUUUAUAUGUUGCGUUUUCAACGACGAAGGCCUUCCGGUUGCGAACGCUACUGUCACAAUCCGUCCGCCGAAUCGAUCGACCUUGAGAGCCACGACCAACUCACAAGGCUUUGCUGGCAUCUGGACUUCGCACUGCAGCUCUUCUGAGCCACGGUUUGUCCGUGCUUUCGAAUUUCCGGAGUUUCUUCUCACAGUGCACCUCGUGGCUCCUUACAAUACCUGUUGGUCUAUGAUACACGCGGACGUACGGCUGGUAGAAAUGCCUCACUGCUGUCUUAUUGUCCGCCUCGGAGUUGGGGGCAGUUAUCAAAUCCAAUACAUAACCCUACCGGAACCUAGUGUGCUGCAUUACCGGCCUGAUGAGAUUACAACCUCGAGUUCCGCGGCGACUCCACCACCGAAUUCUGGCCCUGCUCUCGACUUUGACAUUGAUUCCUAUGCCGAGGCCGAGGCCCACUCCGACUCCGAUGCGGAUGCGGAUGCGGAUGCCGAUCCUGAUCCUGAUCCUGAUCCUGACUCCGAUGGCGCCGGGGAAUCCCUUGGAGCAAAGUUCUGA